CAACAAGCCUCGAUCCCGUGGAGCAAGUGAAUUCCAUAUUUUGGUCACUCCAUACUUAUCUUUCAUCCUGGGCCAAUAUACUUCUCACCGAUGCUUAAUAUGUUGUCUCGCAAAUUUCGAGUCAUCUUCUGUACUAAAAAGGUGGAAUGCUGGCGCGAACACGGAUCUAUAUAUCGAAUGUGGGUCCUCAGAGAUACAAAUGACUAGAUCUCCCAGUUUAGGAUGGAUGGCGCCUGAACUGAUUCGCUCUGACGAAGUAGGAAGAGACAUUGAAGGGAAACCUGCAUCAAGAGAUGUAUAUUCCUUUGGAUGUACGUUGGUCCAGAUACACACAAAACAUCAUCCAUACGCAGAUACUGUGGACAGGGAAGAGGUCUACAGAUCUGCUUGGGGGAAAAGCCUUCGAUUUCUCCGGAACAACUACCCUCUCGAUGCCUGUACGACCUUAUUCAGCAUUGUCUCGAAGGAUCAACAGCCGAUAGACCAGAUGCAGCCCAAGUUUCAGUUAAGUUGCAGGAUAUCAAAGAGGAACAAGACAGGGGACUCAGACUCUCAGAAACGACGUAGAUGGCUCUGACGCCUCUCGAUAUCUACGACUAUCCUACCCGAUAACCAUGGCAGGACAAACAAUAGCAUGUUGAUAUUGAUUUGCUCGUUCACUCUGUAGCAAACUGCAGAGUGAACGGGCAAGUGGAUGCCAUCAAAUUAUUGCUUGUCCGGCGUGAUUGUCUAUCUUACCUGGCAGUCGGAAAGAGUUCCAUGCCCCGCACUCAAAUGCGUGCUUUGGAUCAGCAGGGUUCCGACUACGCGACCCCCUUGAUGAUCUGUAUAAUUGGCAUACCUUACCUUAUAUUAUUGUUGUAAUUUACUUCUACAUUCAUCAAUGACCCCUUCC